AUGAAUAAAUCAUUAUCUUAUCAUCAUUAUUAUCAAGUAGUGGCUCCAGUUCGAUCAACAAAAUUUCGUAGUAAAAGUUCAGAUACAAUAUCGAAUAAUAAUGAACGUAAAAUUGAAUGUCAAGAAAAAGAAGAUAAUAAAAAAUGUAAAGUUAAAAAAUCUCAAACAUCAUUAAUUGAUUUUCAAACAAAACCUAUACAAACAACAUUUAGUCCAACAUCUGUAUUACGUCGUCGAUUUAGUCUUUUUCGUACAAAACGUUCACAACAAUCGGAUGAAUAUUCGAAUUCGUAUACACUUCAACAAAAUAUUGAUCAAUUGAAAUAUGAUUUACAAAUAAAAACUAAUGAACUUGAAGAAAUGAAAGAAUAUAUUGAGAAUAAACGUAAAACUAUGAUACAAUCAUCAAAUGAAUCAAUUGAACAAGCAAUGCAAAUACAAAUAAUGUUAAAUGAAAAACUUGAAGAUAUGCUUUUAGAAAAUGAUUUUCUUAAAAAAAAUAUUCAAGAAUUAGAAUUUUAUGCACAACAACAAAUAGGUAAGGAUUUUUUUUGCAAGUUUUCAUUGACUUUCUAUAAUAGAAAAGUAGAUUAG